AUGUCAACUUCUCUGCUCGUUCGAGCAGCUACUGCGAUAUUCAUUCCAGCAGAGCUGACCGGAGGAAUUAUCAUCGCGAAUACACCAGCAGAAGAACAGCAAUCCAACCUCAUUGAGCUCCGGGAUUCCAUCCCAGCUCCCGCAAAGUUGCUGAAGAGAGACGCCGAUGCAACAACUAGUACUGCUGCACCGUCCCCUACACAACCCGGACUCAUCUCAACCUGCAAUUCCUAUUACCUCGUUAAACAAGGAGACUACUGCUCUACUAUUAUAUCUAAAUUCAACAACUUUACACUAAGUCAAUUCUAUACUUGGAACCAUGCCGUCAAGUCAGACUGUUCUCAGUUGUUAGCUGGAUAUUAUGUCUGUAUAGGAGUCUCUCGAUGCUCUUCUAAAGCAUCCGAGCUUCAGGCAAGGGCAGAUCCUACUCCUACUCCAACACAGUCCGGAAUUGCAAGUAACUGCAAUAACUACUAUGAAGUUGUUUCGGGUGACACCUGUAUUGGCAUUGCUAGCCGUUACGGUGUCACUUUCUCCCAGUUCUAUAACUGGAAUCCAGCCGUGGGCUCGAACUGUCAGCUUCUUCUGGAGGGUUACUACGUCUGUGUUGGAGUUUCACCAACAAUGCCUUCGCCAACUCAACCCGGAGUCACCUCGGAUUGCAUACAGUAUUACGAGGCGCGAUCAGGAGAUACCUGCGUUUCGAUUGUGCAGAAGUAUAGUUCCUAUCUGACGCUUUCACUGUUUGAAAGUUGGAAUCCUGCGGUGGGUAAUGAUUGUACAGAACUUUUGGUGGGAUACUGGUAUUGCGUGGCGACGAAGAGUGUGCAUGGAUGA